CCCGGCAUGCUAGACAAAAAGGAACAGCAAGUCUGAAUUACUUUAUUUUCCUGUGGGGGUUAAGGUUUGGCAGCGCGAACUAACAUGUCUCGACGAUUUAGCUGUUAUCUGACGCUAUUGGCAUUUGUACCGAACCUCCGGCCGGGGACGUGCUCAGAAUGCAAACCCACUGAAUACGUGUGGACCCUCAAUUCCAAAAAAAGCUGCUGUCCCAAGUGCCCUCCGGGACAGUUCAUGAGAAGGCGGUGUGGUUAUUUUGGUGCUUCGGCAGAUUGUGAGACUUGUCAAAGUGGGCAUUUUACGGACACCUGGAAUAUACACAAUCGCUGUGCGCCAUGUACAAGUUGUUCUAAAGAAAAUGGUCUUCAAAUUGCAAAGGAAUGCAACAAAAAAGCCAAUACCAAAUGCACCUGUCGGCCAGGUUACUCUUCAGAUGGGAAUGGAAAAUGCUUCAAAAUAUGUGACAAAGGAGAGCAAUUAAAAUCAGGCAACAUCUAUACCUGUGAACCAUGUCCAGAAGGAUUUUAUGCAGAUCAAAGAGGAACCAAAUCAUGCAAACCUUGGACAAGGUGCAAUGAGACGUUUCAGCGUGGGUCAGCAACAAAGGAUUCGGUAUGUGGUUCAUUUGAGUCUAAUCCAACCACCACCAGCAAAGAGAGGCUCUCUACCCCUGAGACCACAUACAGUACGACGCUGCUAAAAAUGACAACAGUUGUUUCAGUAAUGACAGCAGCUGAUUCAGGAACAAUAGCAGACAACUUAUUUUUCACAUGUGUCAUCGUGGUGGCAGUGGUGCUGUUAGUCGGUUUGGUGCUCAUGCGGUUUAUGCCCUGUAAGGAGCAAAAUCAAGGUUUCCAAUGCUGUUUUGGAUACAGAAACUACACAAAAUCUCCAGUUCCUGUGCAGGAAGAAUUCAAUGACUUCACAUCAGUACAAGUGAAAAACUGAUCUAUUUUCAGUGUGGACAAUCCUCGACUAAUUUUCAAGUUCACAAGUAAAUACACUUGCCUGAAUUGAAAUGUAAACAUGAAGAAACUGGUUCAACAAUCUCUCAGGGAUAAUAUGUUCUAUCACUUUUUAUCGGACCUCAUUAGGAAUAAGGAUUAUACAUUGAACUUCUCAGACCAUAAAGAGCCUAUGUAUUUGCUUUAACUUUUGUUUCUUAUUUUAAUAGACUGAAAACCAUUUCAAUCCUUUAUAUAUUGUUUAUUUUUUGGUAAGUAGGAUAAAAGCCAAUAAGUACCUCAUUCUGGAAAAAAAAGAGAAAUAAUUGUGUGAAAAUGAGAGGCAUAUAUAGAGUGGACAGAGAGUAUCUGUUUCCCAGGUUGAAAUGUCUAAUACCAGAGGGCGUGCAUUGAAGGUGAGAGGGGUUAGGUUCAAGGGGGAUGUGAGGGGUAAGUUCUUUUACUUGUGUGGAGAAUGCCUGGUAUAGUGGUAGAGGCAAGCACCUUAGAGGCUUUUAAGAGAUGUUUAGAGAGGUGCAUGGAUGUAAGGAAGAUAGAGGGAUAUGGACAUGGUGGUGGUAUUAGUAUUGGGUGUUUGUGAUUUGCUUUUCAGCUGGUUUGGUGCAACAUUGCGGGCCAAAGGGUCUGUUCCUGUGCUGUACUGAUCUACGUUCUAUGUUAAAUUUUAUGAGCUUUCCUUGAGUGACUGAAUCAUCAUUAUCUUGCUUUGUAUGACAGAGAAUUCUGAUAUACAUUGAAGACUGAACAAUGGCUUGCUUUAUUUAUAAUAGUUCCUUUUUUCAAAAUGUUGUGUCAAUGGUGAGAGCAGUACAGUAAUUACUGUCAGUUACUAAUUUGUUAAGGUAAGCCAAACUCCUGAACUAGUGUAGUGCUUCUGAUUAAGGAACUCUCAAAAUGUUGGGAACUAAGUUUAAGAAUUUAGACUCAAGCGCUGAAGGAGCAGCAACAGAUUUGCAGUUUAGUAUGCUCUGCAAUUUGCAGUGGAAACCUCAGGCAGGUUCUCCAUGGUACGAGAGGUCACGGGAUUAAGAGUUUUGGGCCAAGGAACCUCAAUGCAUUUUUCAGGUAGCACACAAUGCGGCUAUGCCUUCCUGAAGGUGAAGGGUUUAAAUGUUUAUACCGGAAAAUGCCAAUCAAGCAGGCUACUUUGAUGUUGAUGGUAUCAAAUUUCUUGAGUCUUGCGCUCAUCCAGGGAAGUGAAGAGUAUUCCAUCAUACUCCAGCUAUGUGCCUUGUAGAUAGUGAAAGGGCUUUGCGGUGUUGAGCAAAUCAUCAGCAGUUAUAGAUACAGUAUUAUACAGAUAGUCUCAUUAAGAGUAACAAGCAAAAUAUUGACAGCGGGCCUCGGUGAUGAUACUAGCACUGAAUAUCAGGAGUUGGAGAUGAUAUCCCAUCACCUUGAGGUGUGAGUGUUAUCCAUCCAUGCCUGAAUGUUAUCUAGGUCUUGUUACAAGUGAGUUGUGAAUGGGAUUGAACAAUGUUUGCUGAUUGUUCCACAAUGCUACGUCUGGUAAUGGAAAGAAAGUCAUUAGAAAAACAGUUGAGGAUCAUUGGGCCGAACCCAAUGCCCAAAGAAACUUCUGCUGUGAUGUCCUAGUGCUGGGAUGAUUGAAACCAUUCCUCCUUUGUCUAAUUAUUGGAGUGCUUUCUCUUUGAUAUCCAUUGACUUUAGUUUCUUCUGGGUCUCUUUAAUACCACACAUAGAUGCUACAAUUAUGUCAAGGGCAAUCACUUGCAUUUCACAAUAUAGUUAUGUGAACUAAGGCUGUAGUGAGCUCCAGAGUAGAGUGGAUCUGGUAUAACCCACAGUGGGUUUGAGGAGGUAAGGUAAGACAAGGGGAUAAGAUGUUGCCACCUUCCAAUACUUUCUCUGUUGACUGGGAGUUAAUUUGUGGUUUGUAAUUAGCUGGACUGGAUUUGUUCUGUGCUUUUUUUCUUCUAUGCCUGGGUAAUUACAACAAUGUUGGUAGGAGCCAGUGUUGUAACUGCAUUAAACCAGCUUGGUUUGAGUUAAAGCAGCUAAUUCUGGAGCUUGUCUUUGCUGCAUCCAAUAUUUCAUUUCCUGAUAUCACAAAGUGAUUUGAAUUUCUGAAUUCUGGCUUCUAUGAAGCUGUAAUGGACCUUUAAUGCUCACUUGUCUUUGCUGAGGAUAGAUACUUUUGGAAUGUCCUCCCUCAUUAUCUAAUUGUCUAUCACCAUUCAUGGCUAGAUAUGGCAUAAGUGUACAGCCACGGUGAAUUGAGGAAUUACUCAGCUGUGUCUUGUUCAUGCCAUGUGUAGUUUCACCAACAGGCAGCUCAUUUUCUCUGCUCAGCUGGUACUGAUCCCAGAGUGCACUCGGCAUUCCUCGUUGUUAGUAAUGGGAGAAUGAGGGCCACGCUGGGCUACGAAGUUGUGGAUUGCACAUUCCUGCUGCUGAUGAUCCGACUUGAUGAUGCCUACUUCUGAACUGCCAGCUUUGUUCUGAGUCAAUCCCGUUUAGCAUGAUUGUGUUGUCACAUAUCACAAUGCAUAUGUGUCAACACAAUCCACAAGAAUUAGCACUUCUAUCAGUGCUAAGAUAGAUCAGUGAGGAAAAGGUCAGAAUAGAUUUUUCCCCUCCACUUCAUUUGUACUCUUGCCACAAAUGUAACCUGUCAGCUUUGCUCUUCAGCUCUCAUCCAACAGUAGAUCAGUGAUAGCCCCAUCGAGAAAACUUCUUGUGCCCUUGCUCUUUCACUGUUUCUUCCAAUUGUUGCUCAUUGUUAAUUAUUUGCUGAGGGAUAAGAGGGGAUUUCUUACACAUGGGUAACCUAGAAUAUAAAAGCAAGGAUGUAAUGUUGAAGCUUUAUAAAGCACUGGUGAGGCCUCACUUGGAGUAUGGGAAGCAGUUCUGGGCCCUUUAGAAAGGAUGUGCUGAUACUGCAGAGGGUUCAAAGGAAGUUCACAGAAAUGAUUUCAGGAUUGAAUAGCUUUGUCAUAUAAAGAACGCUUUUUUGGCUCUGGGCCUGUAUUCACUAGAAUUCAGAAGAAUGAGGGGUGACCUCAUUGAAACCUAUCGAAUAUUGAAAGGCCUUAAUAGAGUGGAUGUGGAGAGGAUGUUUCCUAUGGUGGAAGAGUUUAAGAACAGAGGACACAGCUGUGGACAACAACUGAUUGGAUAUAUUCAAGGCAGAGGUUGAUAAUUUUUGCUUGGUCAGGGCAUGAAGGGAUAUGGGGAGAAGGCAGAAGGUUGGGGCUGAGAUGAAAAAUGGAUCAGCCAUGAUGGAAUGGUGGGCCAAAUGGUCCAAUUCUGCUCCUUUGUCUUACGGUCUUACGUCACGAGGCUUCACAGGGUGUGGAAUCAAUUUGAGGACUCCAAUUUAAACCACUGUGCUGUCACAUUUGGUGAGUCUGGACAUACCUGUAGACUGUGAUGGAAAAGUUUGGGAUGCUAGCUGUAAAGUAUAAUCAGAUCAGAUUGUGCUUGACUGAUCCAUAGGAGCUCUCCCAAUUAAGAUGUAAAUUAUCAGAUGUUUGUGAGGUUGUUUGAUCUAUAUUGUCACAUCUGAACAAGGUGCCUCAGUGAUAAUGGGUGGUCCAGGCAGUCUCUGUGUCAGUAUAUCUGCUGUUCAUUCAAUGUUAAAAUUAUAAUGCAUGUUGAAAGUAUGGGAAUAUUAUCCACCAUUCCUUUUGUCUUCUCGAGUCAAUAAGAUGAAGCUGUAGUUCAUAAAACAUCUGUACACCUUUAAUCUGUAAAUGAAGGUCUUAAUACCAGAAUAUGCCUUUGACUGUAAAUAUCAUGGAAAUCUGCAGCAUGUUGACAAAGAUUUACUGUGAAAAAGUAAAAAAGUACAGAAGGUGCCAGUAUGCAAAUCCAAUGGGCUUUCAGCCUUGGGCCCUUGAAAUCAUAGAGUAAUCACUGGAUUUGUAACCUAGGGGCCCAGACUAAAGAUCUGGAGAUGUGAGCUGGGGGAUUUAAACUGAUAACAAAAUAUGGAAUUAAAAAGUUGUCAUUGAUGAUUGUGACAAGAAAAACUGGAGUGUCUGAAUUAUUUUGGGAAAACAGUUCUGCUUACUCUCUUUCAUUGUGUCUGAUUUUUGUGAUUCAACAGUACAUCACUUGUUGCUUGAUUUUGAAGUGGCUUCAUUAGCAGUUCAUUUUCACCAAACUUAAAGGCCACAUCUUUUAUUAGGAUUCAUCACAAAAAAUCAAUUUUCUCUUUGUGAUGGCCCGCACACGCGGGACUCAAAUCGCCAUCGGGAGCCGCGGGCAGACACACGGUAGCGCGUUUGGAACUACCCACUCAGGGCGGACCUGCCGGGGACAGUCUGAUGUCACGUCCGCCCCGCGGGUCGCAAGGGCCCAUGGGAGGGGAGAUUUAAGCGCACAUUUUUGAAUCAGUAAAGACAUUCUGAGUUCAGCUCUCUCUGCCUCCAUGUGUUUCUUUAGUAGCGCGUUUGUGCACGACUACAUUAGUGACCCCGACAUUCCAGACGGCAUCUGAAGCCGGCGACUCAGCGCCCAGCCAUGAGUUCGAGCAACUCGCACAGCGCUGUCUCUCUAAAGCUCCUGACUUUCUGGGCCACUCAGCCCCACGUCUGGUUCGAGAAGGCUGAGGCCCAGUUCAAUAUCAGAGACAUUACAGCCCACGCCACGCAGUACUACUAUGUGGUCAGCACGCUCGAUCAGGAGACAGCAGGCCGGAUCAUAGACUUCCUAUGCCAGCCACCAAAGGAGGACAAGUACACUAAGCUUAAGGCGCUCCUGAUCCGCGCCAUCUGAGCUCAUGAAUGAUAUGCUGGCGCUCAUAGACGGCCAUGAGCCGUGCCUUUUAUUUGAACAGUUGUUCCUCGAACAAAUGCCAGAGGACAUUCGCCUCCUCCUUGCGAGUGAGGAUUUCAGCGACCCAUUCGAGGUCGCAGCUAAAGCAGAUGUCCUUUGGCAGAGCAAGCAAUGUAGAGCAGCUUCCACUGGCCCAGCCACGAUCGCGCACCCCAAAGCCCAGGCACUGCAACCGAAGCCGUCAAGACCCAUGGGGGAAAAGGAUUAAAGUUCGGAACAAUGGUGUUUCUAUCACCAAAGUUGGGGCUCAGGUGCGCGCCGCUGCCGUCCACCAUGUACUUUUCCAGGAAAUGCCGGGGCCAGCCGUCGCUAAUGGCUACGACGGCUAGCCACCGAGACAGCCUCCUGUACCUCUGGGACCGACACUCUGGGCAGCACUUCCCGGUAGAUACCAGGGCCGAAGUCAGCGUACUCCCCCCCUCAAACAUGGACACUCGUAACGCGGUCCCAGGACCUGAACUCACCGCUGCAAAUGGCACCAGUAUUCGGACAUACGGCCCAUGAACUAUCUCACUGCAUUUUGGGUCCAGCCGUUUCACUUGGACUUUCACGUUGGCAGCGGUGUCACAGCCACUACCGGGGCAGAUUUCCUAUGAGCCAACUGCCUCCUGGUCAACCUAAAAGGCCAGCGUUUGGUCCACGCCGAGAUGUUCCAGACUUUCCAGCUUGGAGAAGCCAAGCUACCGGUCCUCCACCUGGAUUCCGUGACCCUCUCGGGUAAUGAAUUCGCCAGGGUGUUGGCGGAAUUCCCCUCCAUAGUCACCCCGCAGUUCUCCACGGCCGACCCCAAGCACGGCGUGCAGCACCACAUCCCCACACAAGGACCGCUGCUGCAUGCCCGAGCUCGCAGGCUCCCACCCGACAAGCUCCACCUCGCCAAGGAAGAGUUCCGUAAGAUGGAAGAGAUGGGAAUUGCAUGCCGCUCAGACAGCCCGUAGGCAUCUCUGCUGCACAUGGUGCCCAAGUUCACUGGAGGAUAGAGGCCCUGCGGCGACUACAGAAGGCUCAACCAUGCCCCAACCGCUGACACAUACCCAGUAUCCCACAUCCAGGACUUCACGGCGAACCUGCACGGAGCAACCAUCUUCUCGAAAAUCGACCUGGUCAGGGGAUACCAUCAGAUGCCAGUGCACCCCAACGAUGCGCCCAACACAGCCCUCGUCACCCCGUUCGGCUUGUUCGAAUUCCUGAGGAUGCCUUUUGGUCUCAAGAAUGCAGCCCAAACUUUCCAAAGGCUCAUGGACUCGGUGGGACACGGCCUGGAUUUCGUUUUCAUUUACUUGGACCAUAUCCUGGUGGCCAGCAGUUCGCACCAAGAGUACGUGGCACAUUUGCGCCAGCUCUGCCAACGCCUGAGCGACCACGAACUGGCAAUCAAUUCAGCAAAGUGCCAGUUCAGGCUGACGGAGAUGGAUUUCUUGGGCCACAGAGUCAACCGACAUGGCACAGUUCCCCCACUGGACGAGGUCCAGGCCAUCUGCCAGUUCCCCAAGCCCAGCACGGUCAAGGGCCUGCAGGUGUCUGUAGGGAUGGUCAACUUUCAUCAUUAAUUCAUGCCGGCGGUGGCACGCAUCAUGAGACCCUUGUUCAGCCUGAUGGCCGGCAAGGCCAAAGAGGUGGCAUGGGACGCGGAGUCCAUGGAGGCGUUCGAGCAGGCCGAGGAGGCGCUGGCAAAGGCGGCCCUCCUAGUGCACCCGAGAGUCGAUGUACCCAGGGCACUCACAGUCGACGCUUCCAACACGGCAGUUGGCAGAGUCCUGGAGCAGCUCGUUGAGGACCAGUGGCCACCACUCGCUUUCUUCAGCCUCCACCUAUGGCCACCAGAGGUGAAGUACAGCGCUUUCGACAGAGAGUUGCUAGCGAUCUACCUGGCUGUCCGGCAUUUCCGGUACUUCCUCAAGGGAAGGAAGUUCACUGUGUAUACAGACCACAAGCCCCUCACCUUCGCACUGGCCAAGGUAUCGGACCCAUGGUCGGCUCGGCAGCAGAGGCACCUGUCCGUUAUUUCAGAACUCACCACAGACGUCCGCUACAUCGCAGGGAAGAACAAUGUCAUCGCCGACACACUGUCUCGCCCCUGCCUCCACUCAGUAGGCAAAUCGUUCUCAGGAAUAGACUACGCAGCACUGGCAGAAGCACAACGGUCGGACACCAAGAUCCCGGCUUACCGCACCGCCAUUUCGGGGCUCCAGUUGGAGGACGUCUCCAUCAGCCCAACAGCGGAUCGACUCCUGUGCGACAUGUCUACCGGCAAACCCCGACCCGUGGUACCAGCAGCAUAGAGGCGCCGGGUGUUCGACACGCUGCACAACCUGGUCCACCCAUCCAUCAAGCUGGUAGCAGACAGAUUCAUCUGGCACGGUUUGCGCGAACAGGUCGGACACUGGGCCAGGACCUGCGUACACUGCCAGACCACCAAAUUCCAGCAGCAUGUGAAGGCUCCCCUCCAGCAGUUCCAGCCGAUGCACAGGAGGUUCCAACACAUCCACGUGGACAUCGUUGGCCCCCUGCCAGGUAUAUCUUUACCAUGGUAGACAGGUUCACCAGGUGGCCGGAAGCUGUACCACUCGCAGACACGUCCACUGAGUCUUGCGCCAGGACGCUCAUUGCAAACUGGAUCGCCAGGUUCGGCCUCCCAACAGACAUCACCGCCGACAUCAAGCCUGGUUUGUGGACAGCACUGGUGCAGCUCCUGGGCACCCAGCUGCAUCACACCACUGUGUACCAUCCCCAGUCCAACGGUUUGGUAGAGUGAUUCCACCAGCAUCUCAAGUUGGCCCUGAUGGCGCACCUCAGGGGCCCCAACUGGACAGAUGAGCUUCCCUGGGUCCUUCUGGGCAUCCGCACAGCCCCCAAGGAGGACCUGGACACCUCCUCGGCAGAAUUGGUCUACGGCGCCCCCCGAUGGUCCCAGGCGAGUUCGUACCAGAGGCCCGAGGUUUAGAAGAAACUCCAACAGUAGUGCAAACGAGGCUGCGGGACAAGGUAGGGACCCUGGCACCGGUCCCGACCUCCAGGCAUGGUCCCACGCCAUCCUUCACCCCUAAAGACCUCUGAGACUGUGAGUAUGUUUUUAUUCGCAGGGGCAUGCACAGGUCAUCUCUACAGCGGCCGUACGAGGGACCCUUCAAGGUGAUCCAGCACAACAGAACCACGUGUGUCGUGGAGGUGGGUAGCCGGGAAGAGACUUUUACAGUGGACCACCUCAAACCGGCGCACUUGGACAUUAAGCAACCAGUGAGGGUACCCGCACCGCGCCGGCAAGGCCGGCCACCCAGGCAAGGCACACAGACUAGGGGCUCCACUCCCCGAUGGACGUUUCUGGGGGAUGGGGGGGUGUGGCGGCCCGCACACGCCGGACUCGAACCGCCAUCGGGGAGCCGCGGGUAGACACGCGGUAGCGCGUUUGGAACUACCUGCUCGGGGCGGAGCUUCUGGGGACAGUCUGACGUCACGUCUGCCCUGCGGGUCGCAGGGGCCCAUGGGAGGGGAGAUUAAAGCGCACGAUUUUGAAUCAGUAAAGACAUUCUGAGUUCAGCUCUCUCUGCCUCCGUGUGUUUCUUUAGUAGUGCGUUUGCGCGCGACUACAUCUUGAUAUAUUUACAAACAUAUAUGGAUGGGGUGAGUAUAAUUGUCAGUCAACAGCAAAGUUUCUGGCUGGAAGUGUGUUACUGAUCAAAAUGAAGGGAGAGUUCCACAUCUUGACCAGUCUGAAAGCUUUCAAUGUUGGCACUAUGUGACCAUGAUGGAAAAACAGUACAUUUCCUUCUGCCACCUUCUGGUUGUUGAGUGCAAAAAGGAAAACCUCGAGGAUGUACCAGGAUAAAACAUAGAAAACUUGCAGCACAAUACAGACUCCUCGGCCCACAAAGCUGUGCCAAACAUGUCCCUACCUUAGAAAUUACCUAGGGUUACCCAUAGCCCUCUAUUUUUCUAAGCUCCAUGUACCUAUCCAGGAGUCUCUUAAAAGACCCUAUCGUAUCUGCCUCCACCACCAUUGUCAGCAGCCCAUUCCACACACUGUCCACUCUGCAUAAAAAAACUUACCCAUGACAUCUCCUCUGUACCUACUUCCAAGCACCUUAAAACUGGGUGCUCUUGUGCUAGCCAUUUCAGCCCUGGGAAAAAGCCUCUGACUAUCCACAAUAUCAAUGCCUCUCAUCAUCUUAUACACGUCUAUCAGGUCACCCCUCAUCCUCCACCACUCCAAGGAGAAAAGGCCAAGUUCACUCCACCUAUUCUCAUAAGGCAUGCUCCCCAAUCCAGGCAACAUCCUUGUAAAUCUUCUCUGCACCCUUUCCAUGGUUUCCACAUGCUUCCUGUAGUGAGGCAACCAGAACUGAGCACAGUACUCCAAGUGGUAUCUGAUCAGGGUCCUAUAUAGCUGCAACAUUACCUCUCGGCUCUUAAACUCAAUCCCAUGGUUGAUGAAGGCCAAUGCACCGUAUGCCCUCUUAACCACAGAGCCAACCUGCGCAGCAGUUUUGAGUGUCCAAUGGACUCGGACCCCGAGGUCCCUCUGAUCCUCCACACUGCCAAUAUACACGUCUAUAUUAAUAUUAUAUUCUGCCAUAUUUGACCUACCAAAAUGAACUACCUCACACUUAUCUGGGUUGAACUCCAUCUGCAAUUUCUCAGCCCAGUUUUGCAUCCUAUCAAUGUGCUGCUGUAACCUCUGACAGCCCUCCACACUAUUCACAACACCCCCAACCUUUGUGUCAUCAGCAAAUUUACUAACCCAUCCCUCCACUUCCUCAUCCAAGUCAUUUAUAAAAAUCACGAGGAGAAGGGGUGCUGGAAUAGAUCCCUGAAGCACACCACUGGUCACUGACCUCCAUGCAGAAUAUAACCCAUCUACAACCACUCUUUGCCUUCUGUGGGCAAAUCAGUUCUGGAUCCACAAAGCAAUGUCCCCUUGGAUCCCAUGCCUCCUUACUUUCUCAAUAAGCCUUGUAGGUGGUAUAUUAGCAAAUGCCUUCCUGAAAUCCAUAUACACUACAUCUACUGCUCUACCUUCAAUGUGUUUAGUCACAUCCUCAAAAAAUCCAAUCAGGCUCGUAAAGCAUGACUUGCCUUUGACAAAGCCAUGCUGACUAUUCCUAAUCAUAUUAUACCUCUCCAAAUGUUCAUAAAUCCUGCCUCUCAGGAUCUUCUCCAUCAACUUACCAACAACUGAAGUAAGACUCACUGGUCUAUAAUUUCCUGGGCUAUCUCUACUCCCUUUCUUCAAUAAGGGAACAACAUCUGCAACCCUCCAGUCCUCUAGAACCUCAGUUGGGAUGUAAAAUGCAAGAGUAAAAUAUACAGUGAAUGGCAGGACCCUUAGGUUAGAUGCACAGAGGGAUCUUUCAAGGAGCUAUGCGUGUCCAUAACUCCCUGAAAGUGGCAACAGUAGUGGAAAAGGUAGUAAAGAAGCAUAUAGAUUACUUGCUUCCAUUGGUGUGGGCAAGGGGUAUAAAAGUAUUACAGCUGUAUAAGUUUAUGCCACAUUUGGAAAAUUAUGUGUAUUUCUGGUCACCAUGCCAUGGAAAGGAAGUGGAGGCUUUAAAGGCGGCACAAAGGAGGUUAAUCAACAUUGCCAGGAUUGGACUGUAUCAGCUAUAAGCAAGAGUUUAUACUAACUUAGGUUGUUUUCACUGGAGUGUCGGAAAGCUGAGGAAUGACAUGAUAGAAGCAUAUAAAAUUUUGAGCCGCAUAGACAAGGUAGAUGCCUCCCAAAGGCCGGCUAACAGGGCUCUGGUGAAGCUGUAUAGGCCAAUUCCCUGUGCAGUGGAUAAUAAGGUAAUGGAUUACAGAAACAUUGAUGAACUCCAACCAGUCCAUCGACAGCCUGUGCUCCACUGGGAGCCAAGGGCCUGGGAAGAAGACAGACAAGGUGGAUAGUGACAGCCUUUUUCUUCUAAGAGUGGAAAUGUUAAAGAACAAAUACUACAGGCCAUGGCUUUAAAAUGAGAGGGGGAGAAGUUUAAAGGUAGUGAGUUUUUCUUUUACACAGAGCAGUCAGUGGCUGAAAUGCACUGCCGGGGAGAUGGUAGGAGGAGAUACGAUAGCAACAUUUAAGAGGCAUUUAAUUAGAUGCAUGAGCAGGCAGGAAUUAGAGACUGGAUCACAUGUAACAAAUGGGAUUCGUUUAAAUUAGCACCAUGAUUGUUCAUUCCUGUAUUGUAAAUAUUUGUACAUUUCAAUGAGAUAAUCUCUAAUUGCUCAGUUCUGAAGAUUUCAGGCCCAGACUGCUCAAUCACUCCUCAUUCGACAAUAUGUCUAUCCCAGUGAUCAAACUGGUGAUGCUUUGUAAAAUUCCUUUUGUGGCCUCAUCUAAAUAGAGAGACCAGACUGGGACACGA